UGCGCCAGAACUGCCGUCUCGCUCCCGGAAGUGGAGGGUCUACACGGAGCGCCGCUGGGUCUGGGUGCCCGAAGGCAGCAGCGCUCGCGGAGUUCGCCCGCCGGCUCUCGACCGCCAUGUCGGCCUUCGACACCAACCCCUUCGCGGACCCAGUGGACGUAAACCCCUUCCAGGAUCCCUCUGUGACCCAGCUGACCAAUGCCCCUCAAGGUGGCCUGGCUGAAUUCAAUCCCUUCUCUGAGACAAAUGCGGUGACAACGGUUCCUGCCACAGUCCCUGGGCCCUCGCAGCCGGCGGUUCUCCAGCCCUCAGUGGAGCCAACCCAGCCAAGCCCCCAGCUCCUGCUUAGACAGGCCAACAGGUUCCUGCCUAGCCGAUUCCUGGCAGUGAGCGAACUCUCAGAGAGGCAGAGGCUGCUAGGAGGAGAUAGUAUUCUCAGAGACAGCUACAUGCAAAAGCUUCCGCAGGUCCUGGUGUCUGCUGCCCAGGCAGGUCUGCUCCGACAGCAGGAAGAACUGGAUAGGAAAGCGGCCGAGUUGGAGCGCAAGGAGCGGGAGCUGCAGAACACGGUGGCUAACUUACACGUGAGAGAGAACAACUGGCCGCCCCUGCCCUCGUGGUGCCCUGUCAAGCCCUGCUUCUAUCAGGACUUCUCCACAGAGAUCCCUGCUGACUACCAGCGGAUAUGCAAGAUGCUCUACUAUCUCUGGAUGUUGCAUUCAGUGACUCUGUUUCUGAACCUGCUGGCCUGCAUGGCCUGGUUCUCAGGCGAUGGCUCCAAGGGCGUGGACUUUGGCCUUUCCAUCCUGUGGUUUCUCAUCUUCACUCCCUGUGCCUUCCUUUGUUGGUACCGACCCAUCUAUAAGGCCUUUAGGUCCGACAACUCCUUCAGCUUCUUCGUGUUCUUCUUUAUAUUUUUUUGUCAAAUAGGGAUCUACGUCAUCCAGUUGGUUGGGAUUCCUGGCCUUGGAGACAGUGGUUGGAUUGCAGCCCUGUCGACACUGAAGCAAGAGUCCCUGGCCGUGUCGAUCAUCAUGAUGGUGGUGGCUGGCUUCUUCACCCUCUGUGCUGUGCUCGCCAUCUUCCUCCUGCAGCGGGUACAUUCCCUGUACCGCCGGACGGGUGCCAGCUUCCAGCAGGCCCAGGAGGAGUUCUCCCAGGGCAUCUUCAGCAGCAGAACCUUCCGCAGUGCGGCCUCCUCCGCUGCCCAGGGAGCCUUCCAGGGGAAUUAGUCCUGACUCUUCUGUCUGCCUCAGCCUUUUCUCUCACCUGCCUUCUGAGCUGCACUUUCCGUGGGUGCCUUAUGUGGUGGUUUUGUCCAGCACAGACCUGGCGACGGUCUUACCAUGUUCCUUCCUCUCCCCUCAGCAACCAGCUCUCCCUGGAAGGGGAGGGAGGGACAGGGACUUUUACACACAAAAAAACAAAGCUGUCUUUUCUUCUCUGGUGGUGGCUUGGUAGGAUUCUUUUGCCUGUCUGGAAGCAGUGGGUCAAGUUUUCUUCUCCCUGCACACACAGACACGCCCACACUUGGAAUCACUGGCUGACGGGGCCCACCCCAGCUUGAGCGUUCUGCCUGGCUCCUGGCACUCCACUCCUUCCUCAGCAGGCCUGGCCUGAAUCUGGCCCCACAGACACAGCCUUGUGGCUUCCACGUCCCUGCCCUUCCUCCCCAGGCUGGGAUAAGCCUCCACAGAAUGCACUUUAGGCGGACUCAGUCAGGGUGGGUGUACAACUGUUCCCAUCUCACUUGGGUGGUCUCUAGGCUUCCAGAGCCUCUGGCUGGGUUGCCCCAGGCUCUCUCCUGCCUCAUGUUUUUCAUAAACAUAUUGGUAGCCCUCUAGCCCCCGUUCCCUCCUGGUGUGAGCAGCACCUCGUGCCCUCUGGGGCCUUCCCCCAGCCCUCUCUCUCUGAAUGUGCAGUGUGGUUGGUUGGGGUUUUCGGAAUGGGGAGGGACAGAGGACACUGACCCCAGAUUGUCCUGCUAGCCUUUUAGUUCUGUCCUGUUGGCUUUGAUUCCCUCUGUUCCUGAGGGACAGCUGCCCUUGGCACUAGCCUCAGAUUCUACCCCAGCCUCAUCCCCCCAUCAGCAAUAUCCAGCUUGUAUGACAUAGGGAGGGCAUCAGUCCAGAACCGCAUUCUUCAGGUGGGACUGGUGAGCCACCUCUCUGAGGACCCUCUUACCUGGAGUGGGGUCCAGAUCACCUUUCACUCGCCUUGGGAUUCCCCAGGAAUGUCAUUUCGAUGGGCACCUAGGACUUGCAACCUGUCCUCCAGAGGCUGCUGGAGUGCCUGUGGACAGCAAGGACAUCUCACAAAGCUGGCCAGCCUCCUGCCUCAGGGACCUGGGCCCAUCUUGAGGCAGCUCCUUGGCUGUCAGCUGGCUCAGGCAGGCCCGGAGCCUCUGAUAAUGGCAGCGGCCAGGGUUUUGUAAACUCCUUUCUGGGAUUGUUUUCUCCAUGUACAAAUGUAUAUGUUAAGUCUCAAUUUUUGUGCUUAAAAAUAAAGACAUUUUCAGACAA